AUGUCGUCGUUGGUUCAAGUCGCCUCGACUGCUGCCCAUCAGCAGCCGCAGCUUCAUCAGGCGGCCCUCAUCGAUUUCGACAAAAUGCGCAAUUUCCAGAAUGUGCCGCCCGUUGAUCUUGAGGGUGGAACACUAUUAGACGCGACCGAGGAGGAAGAGAUCGAUCCGACCGAUGGAUGCACUGUAAAAGUGUACACAUUCCGCAUAUUAUCGAAAGACGAGACCGAAGAGCUGACGAAAACGGUGCGAAAGAAGCUGAUAAUCGAUUGUACGCAGACAAUGCGAAGCAUGAAAAUGGUCGGAAAUGAGGCAAAGGUUGAAGAAAAUUGCCAACGAAUAAGUGGAGAUAUUCGCGGAAUGAGACCCAUCGAGUAUCGGAACAAUUCGAAACAGAUCAAACUCGACCCGAAUGCGCUUCAAUUCGAUUCCAAUGAUGCGCAGGAUGCGCAAAUUCAACGGGUUCUCGAUCAGGUGCCGAACACUUUUAUGAGUCUGCUGAGCAAGGAAAAAGAAAUGUUCGUCAAAAUGUAUCCGGAAUUAUUCGAGAAAAUGCGAAGCGAGUCGUCAUUGAUUCCUUCAACAACCACCGAAAUCAUAACGAAUCCCGAUGGAUCGACAACUACGCGAGUCAAGAGCAGCAAAUCCUACAGUUCUCAUUUUUCGCGUCAAGAAACCUACGUAAACGGUGUGAAGAAGAUGUCGAAGAGCAAAUUCCGAGCGUUCGUCGAGUAUAAAGGACCAGAAGGCGGAUUUCAAGUGAAACUGUCGGAUGGUGAUGAGUUCGACUUGUCGGAAGAUGAACAGGAGGACGAUGAGAAGAGCCAGUCAUGCUUCUCAGAAAUCACCGAUUCGGAUUCAGAGAUUGUUACGCCGACGCAGAAAAAUGAGCUCGAGAAGAGGUACCAAAAAGCAUGGUACGCAGCGAAAGAACUCGUCGAUUCCGAACAAAGAUAUGUCGAAAAAUUAAAACUUCUCGGAGAGACAUUCCGAAAUCGUUUAAUUCAAGAAGAAGUGAUCACAAACGAUAAAGUCACCAAGCUUCUCGCCAAUGCUUCAUCACUCUAUCAAUUUCAUAAUACCCAUUUCUUGCCGCAGCUAAUGGAAUCAAUAAGGGAUUGGCAUACAACCAAGAGAAUUGCCAAUGUGGUCCGCAAACAAGCGCCAUUCUUGAAAAUGUAUUCGGAAUAUACGAAUAAUUAUGAUCGAGGGAGCAAAUUAUUUGAUGAGCUCAAAAAGAAAAGAAAGUUUAUGGAUGUGGUCCAUGAUGUUGAGAAACUUCCCGAAUGUGAAGGUCUUCCUCUAUCACAUCACCUUAUUUGUCCGGUUCAGCGAGUUAUGCGCUAUCAGCUUCUCCUUCAAGAGUACAAAAAGCAUUUGCAAAACACUGAUGUCGAUUUCGAAGAUACCACAGUGGCGCUCGAAUUGGUUUUACAGGCAGCAGCUCAUGCGAACGAAAUGAUGAAGAAAUUGGAUCGGUUUGCCAAGGUGAUCGAAGUUCAAGAACAAUUGGGAAAUUCGAUAUCUCUUGUGUCACCUGGAAGAGAAUUACUCAAGAGUGGCUCGAUUCAGAAGAUCUCUUCGACAACCGAAAAACCGGAAGAACGAUUUAUAUUUGUGUUCAAUGAUUUGGUGAUAUUGGCGAGCGAAAGAAAAAUGAUCGGAGUGUCGAGGUUCAAGCUUCGAGCGGCUUUCCAUGCCAGUCACAUGCAGGUUUGCGAAGGUGAUAAUUUGGAACGAGAGCAUUCAUUCUAUUUGCGCGGAUCUGACGGAACAGGCCCGAAGAGAUGUGUCGAACUGUUCACACCAACUCAAGCUGAGAAGAAUGAAUGGACGGAUGCGAUAUUUGCAGUCAUCGAUGAGCACAAAGCUCAUAGCGCCACAUUUUCCUCAAAUUCGAGGAGCUCAUUCAGCGAGCACAACAAUAAUUCGAUCGAAUCGAAAAAUUGCUCAGAUUGCGAUAUCGAAUUUGGAUUCCUCUCGCGAGGCUCGAAAUGCACAAAAUGCCAUAGAAGACUUUGCAAAAAAUGUUUUGGAAGGUAUCGAAAUGAGGCGAAAAAGAAUCGCGUGUGCGACAAUUGCACAAAAAAUAUGAAUGUCGACGGAAUUCCACGCGCUGUUUCGACGCAAUCGAGUAGUCGGCUGAAUCUUCUUCAACGUCCAGCCACCGGAGCCGGAAUUUUGCACGGAAGCCGUAUUAAGUUCCGCGGAAGUCUCGGAAAAGUUUUGGAUCGCUAUAUGGUGGUGCGAGAUGACUUUUGUUUGUAUUCGUACAACACACCACAAGAUACUUGUGCUCUCGCGAUGCUUCCACUGCCGGCUUGUGAAGUGAAGAUCUGCGGAGAAAAGUACACGUUCUCGGUCCGAGUCGGCGCUCGUCGAAUGUAUACGAUGACAGCGGAAAGCGAGACGAGCCAGAUGAAGUGGAUGGCGAUAUUGGAUCUCGCCGCGAACGCGCACCUCAAAGGACAGAAGAACUCGACGUCGUCUACGUGA